GAACAAGUUCUUGUUUACAACUGCGAUCUGGCCAAGAUAAAGCAAAGCAGUGCGACACAAACAACAGAGUUACACAUGGGAUAAACAAACGUACAGUCGAUAACACAAUAGAAACAUCUAUAUACAGUGUGUGCAAAUGUAGUAAGAUUAGGGAGUUAAGGCAAUAAAUAGGCCAUAGUGGCAAAAUAAUUACAAUUUAACAAUUAAACACUGGAGUGAUAGAUGUGCAGAAGAUGAAUGUGCAAGUAGCGAUACUGGGGUGCAAAGGAGAAAAAAAAGAAAUUACUAUGAGGAUGAGGUAGUUGGGUGGACUAUUUACAGAUGGGCUGUGUACAGGUGCAAAGAUCGAUGGGUGUCGUGAUCUGGUCAUACUGCCCAGUUUGGAAAGAGGAACCUCUCAGUCCCAGAUGAACACACGGGUCAGUGCUGCACCUCUGACCGUGAGAGAGAGACGGGGCGCCAGACAAGGGGGAGAGCGGGGCGAAAAGGUUCUCCAUACAUCAGCAGUGGAGUGCUGUCUCCACGGUGACUUGGUUCAGUGCACUUCAUAUAGCAGGCCAGGCCAUAGAGAGGGUUAAGGGUUUACUUCUGAAGCCUUUGUUUUUUACCAUUUUCCUCUCCUCUCUAUAAAACUGCCAUUUCUCUUUCUUUACGUGUUUGGCAGACAUAAUGUAAGCCUGGAAACAUGCAGUAUCUACUGUAUGACUCCCUAAAAGAAAAUUGUUUCUAUACUCCCCUAGUCACUUGACCUUUUCACAUCAUACAUGUGGCUGAAUGUGGAGUACAUUAAGUCAUUUGCAUGCGUGAAACUUCUUUGACAAAUACCCGUGAAAUGAACAGGGCAAUUUAGGAAAGAAAGAAGCAGACGUUUUUGUUUGAAUGAAUCAGUGGAUAUUCAUUGUUUUCGGCUAAAGGGUUGUAUUUGGUUAAAGACUAGGUAAGGACAGCACAACAAAAGCCCUUUUGUACUGAGCACCUCCUCUGAGACUGAGAGCAAAGACAAUGAAGGUUUUCAGACUGAGGGCCUUUCACAGAUUAUACUCUACCGUAGCUGUGCUGUUCCCAGCCUGCUCUCUCUCUCUCUGCUGGAUGAGAAGAUAGCUGUGUUUGUCACAAAGUUUUAAAGAUUGGGUGGAGAGUGAUGGGAGCUUACAGUCGUGGCCAAAAGUUUUGAGAAUGACACAAAUAUUAAUUUCCACAAAGUUUGCUGCUUCAGUGUCUUUAGAUAUUUUUGUCAGAUGUUACUAUGGAAUACUGAAGUAUAAUUACAAACAUUUCAUAAGUGUCAAAGGCUUUUAUUGACAAUUACAUGAAGUUGAUGCAAAGAGUCAAUUUUUGUAGUGUUUUUGCAAUUAAUUGACAGCCCUGGCAUGCUGUCAAUUAACUUCUGGGCCACAUCCUGACUGAUGGCAGUCCAUUCUUGCAUAAUCAAUGCUUGGAGUUUGUCAGAAUUUGUGGGUUUUUGUUUGUCCAUCCGCCUCUUGAGGAUUGACCACAAGUUCUCAAUGGGAUUAAGGUCUUGGGAGUUUCCUGGCCAUGGACCCAAAAUAUUGAUGUUUUGUUCCCCGAGCCACUUAGUUAUCACUUUUGCCUUAUGGCAAGGUGCUCCAUCAUGCUGGAAAAGGCAUUGUUCAUCACCAAACUGUUCCUGGAUGAUUGGGAGAAGUUGCUCUCAGAGAAUGUGUUGGUACCAUUCUUUAUUCAUUGGCUGUGUUCUUAGGCAAAAUUGUGAGUGAGCCCACUCCCUUGGCUGAGAAGCAACCCCACACAUGAAUGGUCUCAGGAUGCUUUACUGUUGGCAUGACACAGGACUGAUGGUAGCGCUCACCUUGUCUUCUCCGGACAAGCUUUUUUCCAGAUGCCCCAAACAAUCGGAAAGGGGAUUCAUCAGAGAAAAUGACUUUACCCCAGUCCUCAGUAGUCCAAUCCCUGUACCUUUUUGCAGAAUAUCAGUCUGUCCCUGAUGUUUUUCCUGGAAAGAAGUGGCUUCUUUGCUGCCCUUCUUGACACCAGGCCAUCCUCCAAAGUCUUUGCAUCACUGUGCGUGCAGAUGCACUCACACCUGCCUGCUGCCAUUCCUGAGCAAGCUCUAUACUGGUGGUGCCCCGAUCCUGGCGCUUGCUGGACUUUCUAGGGCUCCAUGAAGGCUUCUUCACAACAAUUGAACCGUUCUCCUUGAAGUUCUUGAUGAUCCGAUAAAUGGUUGAUUUAGGUGCAAUCUUACUGGCAGCAAUACCCUUGCCUGUGAAGCCCUUUUUGUGCAAAUCAAUGAUGACGGCACGUAUUUCCUUGCAGGAAACCAUGGUUGACAGAGGAAGAACAAUGAUUCCAAGCAUCACCCUCCUUUUGAAGCUUCCAGUCUGUUAUUCGAACUCAAUCAGCAUGAAAGAGUGAUCUCCAGCUUUGUCCUCGUCAACACUCACACCUGUGUUAACGAGAGAAUCACUGACAUGAUGUCAGCUGGUCCUUUUGUGGCAGGGCUGAAAUGCAGUGGAAAUGUUUUGGGGGGAUUCAGUUCAUUUGCAUGGCAAAGAGGGACUUUGCAAUUAAUCUGAUCACUCUUCAUAACAUUCUGUAGUAUAUGCAAAUUGCCAUCAUACAAACUGAGGCAGCAGACUUUGUGAAAAUGUAUAUUUGUGUCAUUCUCAACUUUUGGCCACGACUGUACAGUAUCCCUCAGUGGACAGUACUACCAUAAUCUACUUCAGGCAUAUUGUGUCUAUUCUCAGAGUCCAGAUGUGCAGUAUUGUCGGUACUGUCUUUAGAUACCAUAUGUCUGUAUAUCAGGGUUUUAUGACAGCCAUGGGCCAAAUGCCGCUUUAAUAAAAUCCACCACUAUGCAUAUCUACAUCCCGGGCCUGCAGUAGCUAGCCUGAGUGCCAGUCUGUUUGUGCUAUCAUGCUAAAUCCUUGUCACUUGGAAAGAGCACAACAAAAUAUGGGACCAGGCUAAGCUACUUCAACACAAAAACAUUGACAUGCUGCAAUGAAGGCAGGCAGGGGCAGAGAGCUGCAUGCUUUCACAUAGGUCGGAUUAAGCCCCUUAUGAAUCAACCUCUAAUUGCCCUCAUGGUAUGCAAGGGGCUGUGAUUAGAAUGAGUGGGCAGUCAUCGCACUGGGACAUUACAAGACCCCCACAUCCCCGACAUUGUUCUCCAGUGCUAGAGCACAUAUAAUCCUCAAUGGAUUUAAAUCCUUCAGGCCCAAACACUGCAAUGGUCCCUUGUUCAGGGGAAAUAGCCUACAAAAAAAACAACAGAACAAGGGAGAGCAGGUGGAAGUGGAGGCUCAGAUACUACUAUAGUAGUAGGACUGGCCUGGUGUCAAAUAUACUGUCCAUACAGUACAUAACUGGGUAAUGUAUUUGACCAAAAGGAACAUAAUACAUUCCGAUAUCCUAAGACAUAUUUGUCCUGACGCAACAAACUAGCCAAGAUAGUCAGAAUUAGUGUUCAUCCCAAAUGACACCCUACUUUUGACCAGGACUCAUCUCUGUUCAAAAGUAAUGCACUACACUGUAAUAGGGUGCCAGAGAGCACCAUCUGUCCAGUGAUUUCCCCUGGCUGCCUGAGAGGUUGUCUGUCGGCCAUGUUGUUGUUCUUUAGAGAUCAGCUGCUGUUAUCCUUAGCAUUAAAGCUGUGUUUAUUCCACCUGUUCUCUGGCUGUCUGUCACUCAAAACAGACAGGCACUCCUCCUGACAGACAGCUGAGGAGUAGCAGGAGUAGACACCACACACUCCAUGUCUCAUCCCUCCUCUCAAACAUAGUGCUCUGCUGUCUGUUUGCUUGCAGACUGACAGUAUUGUCUCCAUAUAGAACACUUGUUAUAGUGUCUAUGAUUGUCUCCUUGCUCUUCUCUACUGCCAGCUGUGCCUUUGUACACUUGACACCACACAUCAUAUGACUCCUGCUUUGAUGAAGAGGCUCACAGCCAAGAGAGUUGUCGGUUUUGUUUGAGCACCACUUGAGAUUGUUGUCUCAGAUAUCAGUUCAAAACCCUAAUGCACUGACAGUGCCAUAUGCCUGCUUUCACUACUCAAUGACUGCUUGGGACUUGCUCACUUGAACUACUUUUGUUGGCCUUGUAUUUUAGGAAAGUUUGGCCUUAAAGAUACGUACUAGUUUUAAGGUUUGUCCAUUGUAAGACAGAGGCACCUUUGACUUAAUUAAACACAAUCAGUACUGUAUCCAGCAGGCUAGAUGAUAAAAUACGAAAAUCAAACAAAGGGAGCAAAGUAAUACCAUUGUUCCACAACAAAACACAGACGUGUGACAGCGGAGGGGAAGAUGAGGUGAAAACACAACUGAUGUCAAACUAAUAAAUGACAUGACAUAUAGAGGGAAGGGAUGUGAGAGGCCCCAUCUAGAGGCCUUUAAAGGUGAGCAGCAUGAAGUCCUAAUUACAGGGACUUAACACUGGCCUGUGCUGCACUCACGCUGCGCUGUUCUGGAGUUUAGACCUGCUGCUCCCGCUGCUAGGAGGAAGGAGAGGAGACUGACGGACCCUUCUUCUGCAGGCAGUGUAUUUGUCCCUAAUGGAACCCUAUUCCCUAUGUAGUGUACUACAUUUGACCAGAGCCCUAUGAGCCCAGAUCAAAAGUAGUGCACUACAAAGGAAAUAGGGUGCCUCUCAGGUCUGAGACUUGGGGCAUAACAGACGUUAUAGAGGCAGAUAUAAUCCAUUGUCUGGAACGUUAGGUAUAAUCAGGUUAGGCAACAUUCUGACCUUGACUGGUCCAGUCUGAGGAAGAGAGGAGGGGAGGACUGGAGAGGAAUAUUCCAUCAUCAAAUCAGCUACUUUCACAACAUUACUCCUGUCAGGUUGAACCUUCAUGCUCACUGAGUUUACCUGCAAUAAUGAUCCCAAUUUACUCCCCGCUGACCAAUCACAUGGCACUGCCUGCUGUUCACACUGAGAGAAGAAAAUUAACUUGGAAAAGGACCAGAGAUUGAGAGAGAGAGGAGCUGGUCAAGACUUACUGUGACUGCGUCCCAAAUGGCAGGCACUCUGUUUCCCAUGUAGUGCACUACUUUUGACAAGAGCCCAUAGUGCACUAAAUAGGAAAUAGGGAGCCAUUUGCGCUACAUAAUACAGUACCUUAUAGAGGGCAUCAUGAGGGUUAGAUGUUUACCAUGUGAAUCAGAUUUGACAUUGUUAACCUUGGCCCUUGUCUCCUCCCUCGCUGUGCUGUCAGGGUUGGAACCCUCUUUUAGACCAGUUAGGGCUUGUUUUUAUCACACAACUUCAAAAGGAAGUUGUGGAGUAUAUUCACAUGACCCAAGAAGAUGAAACGAGACAGAUUCUUAUGGUGUAAUACUGCCUGUUGAGAGAUGACUUAGGUGACUGUUACUGUGCAUAGAGUAAAAUAACAAAUCCUUUUAGAUUAUGCCUCAACUAAAAAUGGCUUGCAGACACAGACGAUUUUAUAUGCCCUCAAGGGUGACUAACAUCAUAAAGUUAUUGAGCUCUUUCAAUUAGCUAAAUCUCCAAGUGGCUCCCGUGGUGACAGCAGAACAAAUGCUAUGUGGCAGCUCUCUUUUGGCCACGCUGCCGUUUGGACCCAUGGCUUUGUUUUUCAAUUCACCCCUGGCUGUGCUACCUGGAAAGGAGGGGUCAUGAAAGUGUGUCACUCUAGCAAUAAGGAUCAGAGGACUGGUAGCUAGCUGGUAACCGUGACUAUGCACUUUCAUUUUUCAGCCUGGCUUGUAUAAUCCCAGAAGGCAAUAAAACCGUCUGGCCACCAUGUCUGGCUCCAGACCUUUUUUAUUGACUGAAAAUGUUGAGCCCCUAAGAUUAUUAGGUGGAAUAUGUGGCAAAAUUGGACUUUUUAGUGCCCAUUUUUUUCUCUUUUUACUUGAUGUUGGACGUCAUUAAGCAAACACUGGACAGGAGUGAGUCACUAAAUAUAGAGGAGAGAAAGUCCUAUGGUUGUGUCCCAAAAGGCACCCUAUUCCCAACAUAGUGCACUACUUUUGAACAGAUCCCUAUGGGCUCUGGUCAGAAGUGCACUACCUAGAGGAAUAGGGAGCCAUUUCAGAUGCAGCCCAUGUGUUUUAAUGAGGUUCUGCAUGUCUACUGUACCAAACCAUGACUCCAGUAACUCUGUUGCUAGGGACACAGGUCAUCCCAGUCAGACUCAAUAUUUAUGUUGGCCAAGUUUUCCAAACUUGGCACUACACAGCUGAUUCAAAUAACCAACUCAUCAUCAAGCUUUGAUGAUUUUAAUCAGCUGUGUAGUGCUAAGCAAAACAAGUAAACGUGCACCUAAGGGUGUACCUAAUAGAACAGGCUUUGUGCAGAUGUGUGUCUCUGAGUCUGAAUGUGGAGUCAUUAUUGAUAUAUUGUGAGAGGGAGAGAGAGAGCCGUGGAAGUGUGGACACAGCGGUCAAGUAAAGCCUGAGUAGCCAGAGGAGGUUGGGGCGCCAGGCCAGGCAGGGCCACCCGACUGUGACAAGGUCUGCUGUUUGUUCAGAGCUGGGGGAUGGGUGUUGAUUCCUCCUCAACAUGAUUCUCCUGGGUGACUAGUCAUUUCACAUCUAUAUGAACAAAGAUUUGAUAGGACAACGACUUUAGUCUUUAGUUAUAACCUAAUUAAAGUUAGAAUCCUUAAAUUAAACAAUAACAAAGCGGAUUCCACGCUUCUGUUUUGGUAAAAAUCUGAAGAAUGUGCCUGGGUAAAUGUAACCUUUCUCAAAUUCAUAGACAGAGAUAUGGAGGCAAGGACUACUGUAACCAUCCAAGAUACAGAAAUGAAUGGUUCUGAACAGGUGGCCUGAAAACCAGGACACUUUACCUGAGCCUGAGGAGAAGAGAAGCCCUGACAACUAACCAAUGCAUUUGGCCAGAUAUGGAGGAGGACAUGGAGAUUGACCGUAACGUCACUGGGAUCCUUGGAGAGGAUGUCUUCCUCCGCUGUCAGUACCUGGGACAGAAUGACAUCACAGACGCCUCAUGGAAACGCCCAGACUCGAGAAUAAAGCGAUCAAUGAAGAAAUUAACAGGCUACAAGAACAACAAGGCUUUCAGCAAAGACCCAGACUUCUCCGCCCCAGUCUCUCCCACCAAUCUGACUGUCAAGAUGAGGGUGUCUAGUCUGGAGGCCCAGGGGGAGUACACGUGUGUGUUUGCCACUGAUGAAGAAGAGAUCACUAACAGCAUGUUUCUCACUGUCCUGGCUCGACCUGAUAUCCACACAGUGGUGACAGAGGACACAGACAACGCUACCCACUACCAGUCAGUCACAUGCUCAGCUACCAAUGGUAAACCUGUGGCUCUGAUUCGCUGGGAGAUCAACGGCAGUCCUCCUACUGACAACUCCUCUGUGGAGAUGAGGAACACCAGUUAUACCAAUGGCACUGCCACUAUGACCAGCAUCCUCCGCUUCCCUACCCACCUACAGGACCAGGACAGAGUGACCUGUGUGGUCCAGCACCCAACCCUGCCUGACCCCGCCACACAUGUCACAGUGGGGGUGGAGACCUUCAUGGCUCCCAAUGUGACCAUUGAGACAUACCUGGUUCUAGAGGACGGGGAGGAGCUCUGGGUGGUCACCUGUGGUGCUGCUGGAGGGCGACCCCGAGCUGACAUCACCCUGGUGCUGCCCAAUCAGGAGGCCAGUUCCAUGCUACAGAAGGAGGUUGUCAUGGAUGCAGCAGACACAUUGGUCAGGUCAUACCGCUUCCCAGCUGAGCUUCAGGAAGGGGAAAGCAUCACCUGCCUGUUUGACCACCCCAAGUUCCCACACAGAGAGCUACGGACCACCACUUUGCCGGCAUUCUAUCUGUCUGCUGUUCGGCUGCUGAACCCAGGGUUGGCAGACAGCAGCAACAAGAGCCAGGCUGUAGAGUCAGUGGUGCUGGAGGAAGGACAGAGCAACACCACCAUCGGGCUAGAGGUCGUUGGGGAUGUACCACGUUACAGUAUCGUAUGCACCAAAGAAGAGCAGUCUCUCCCUGAGGGUGUGGAGGUGAUUGGCAGUGCUCUAACCCUGCAGGGUCCUGUGGAGCUCUACCAUGCAGGGCUGUAUGAGUGUGAGGCCUCCUACUACAGCCACAGGGCAUCUGUACUGCUGGACAUUACCGUCGACCCACAAGUCAAGCAGUCUGUGACUGUUCCUCCCAGCAUAAGGAUUGAUGUUCAGGAUAGACUGGGUGACAGGUUCAUUGAGUGCCUGGCUGCAGACUCUGUCCCUGUUGCCAAUGUGUCCUGGGUUCUACCUGAGGGUGUGUCUGGGCUCUCCUGGUCCAGUCUCACAUCCCAUAAUGGAACUCACUCUGUCAGCAUUGUGUUAGUCCUGCCUGCCUGCUCAGCCCAGGAGCUCAAUAUGGAGUGUGUCAUAGAUCAUUCUGUGUUUGUGUUUCCAGAGAGAAGACAGAUAACACUCCCUGUGUGUGCUCCUCCUAACAUCACCAUCCAGUCCAGCUUUGAGUGGGAGGAAGACGUAGCAUACACACUGGUGCAGUGCACUGUGGACAGUGUUGGACCUGCUGCCACUAUCUCCUGGAGUCUUGGAGACAGGGACAGUGACAAUAGUACCAGUCAGCUUAAAGAGGAGCAGGUUCAGGGGCAGCCUGAGCACCAUGCCAAUGGCUCUGUGACGGUCUGUAGUGUGUUGAGGCUCCCCACUUUCAUGUUCUCUGGUCAGAAUGUCACCUGUGUGGUGGAUCAACUGGGUCUUGAGAGGCCAGAGAGAAGACGGAUACUGCUGCGUGACCUGGAGUCCCCUGUGAUGCGUGUUUUUGUUGCGAGGCAGAGCAGAUCUCUGUGGCUGGCUGUGUGUGAGUACAGAGGGGACGGGAUCAGAGCACACCUCUCCUGGGUUCUACCUGACAACACCACAGGCCACAUCUCCUUCCGCUCUGGGUAUGAAGGUGUGAGAGUGCUAACCAACCUCACCUAUGAGUUCCCACUUGCCCUCCACGAGGGACAGGACCUGACUUGCCUCAUUCAAAAUCACCAUGGACUUAAGGAGCGGAGGACAGUCCAUGUCCCCAGAUACUACAUCUCAUCUGUCAGACUACUGAACCAAACCACUCCCCUGUACAAACCUUAUGGAGAUGAGUCCGUUAUACACCGAAUGUCUCUUAAGGAGAAUUUCCAAAACCAGAGGAUCCUGCUCAAAGUCUAUGGCAGUGUACCAACUUACAACCUCACCUGUCACAGAAAUGAUGGCGCAUUGGUCCAGAUGGAUGGCGGAGCUCUGUUGUUCCAAUCAAAGGUCACGGAGCAGGAUGCGGGCCUCUACACCUGCCACGCCUCUUUCUACCACCAUAAGGCCUCAGUCCUCAUUCAAGUGGAGGUCACCAGUGAAAAUCAACAGCUCAUGAUGGUCUUCAUCGUCUGCUUCUCCUCGGCUGCGGCCAUCAUGAUCCUCCUCAUCGUCACUUUGUGUGUUUUCUGCAAAAUAAAUGGAGGAGACCACCCAGCAUCUAAGAAGCGCGAGUCGCUGGCGCCCCUGACCUCUCUGACCCAGGACCUGUGCUCUCCAGAGUUGAGGAAGGGGAAGGCAGCAGUGACAGUACCAGGAGGGGGAGGCCAGGAGUACAACCAGCUGCUCAGUUACUCUAUUGUCAUUGAUGCCAGAUCCACUGUGUAAAUAACAGGGUGCGUCCCCUGCUGCCACCCUAUAUAGAGCACUACUUGUGCACUGUAUAGGAAAUAGGGUGUCAUUUGAGACUGGUUGAUUUAAUUUGGUAGGUUAAAAAAAACAUACUCAGUAAAUGCAUUUUAAAAAGCUUGACAAUGAUAUCACAAAAGUCAGAGACUUAUUUCCAUUGUGGUCCCUCAAUUCCAUGGUGCAAAAACAUUACAUUUAGCCAAAUACAUUUUUCACAAUUCCUGACAUUUAAACCUACUUAAUAUUCCAUGUCUUAGGUCAGUUAGGAUCACCAGUUUAUUUUAAGAAUGUGAAAUGUCAGAAUAAUUGUAGAGAGAAUGAUUUAUUUCAGCUUUUAUUUCUUUCAUCACAUUCCCAGUGGGAAGUUUACAUACACUCAAUAGUAUUUGGUAGCAUUGCCUUUAAAUUGUUUAACUUAGGUCAACCAUUUUGGGUAGCCUUCCACAAGCACAAUAAGUUUGGUGAAUUUUGGCCCAUUCCUCCUGACAGAGCUGGUGUAACUGAGUCAGGUUUGUAGGCCUCCUUGAUCGCACAUGCUUUUUCAGUUCUGCCAACAAAUGUUCUAUAGGAUUGAGGUCAGGGCUUUGUGAUGGCCACUCCAAUACCUUGACUUUGUUGUCAUUAAGUCAUUUUGCCACAACUUUGGAAGUAUGCUUGGGGUUAUUGUCCAUUUGGAAGACCCAUUUGCGACCAAGCUUUAGCUUCCUGACUGAUGUCUUGAGAUGUUGCUUCAAUAUAUCCACAUAAUUAUCCUUCCUCACGCUUUUUUUAUGGCAGUUUUGGAGCAGUGGCUUCUUCCUUGCUGAGCGGCCUUUCAGGUUAUGUCGAUAUAGGACUUGUUUUACAGUGGAUAUAGAUACUUUGUACCUGUUUCAUCCAGCAUCUUCACAAGGUCCUUUGCUGUUGUUCUGGGAUUGAUUUGCACUUUUCGCACCAAAGUAAAUUCAUCUCUAGGAGACUUCUUCCUGAGGGGUAUGAUGGCUGCGUGGUCCCAUGGUGGUUAUACUUGUGUACUAUUGUUUGUACAGAUGAACGUGGUACCUUCAGGCGUUUGAAAAUUGCUCCCAAGGAUGAACCAAACUUGUGGAGGUUUGCAAUUUAUUUUCUGAGGUCUUGGCUGAUUUCUUUUGAUUUUCCCAUGUCAAGCAAGGUAGGCCUUGAUAUACAUCCACAAAUACACCUCCAAUUGAUUAAACUUAUGUCAAUUAGCCUAUCAGAAGCUUCUAAAGCCAUGAAAUCAUUUUCUGGAAUUUUCCAAGCUGUUUGAACGCACAGUCAACUUACUGUAUGUAAACUUCUGACCCACUGGAAUUGUGAUACAGUGAAUUAUAAGUUCAAUAAUCUGUCUGUAAACAAUUGUUGGAAAAAUUACUUGUGUCAUGCACAAAGUAGAUGUCCUAACCGACUUGCCAAAACUAUAAUUUGUUAUCAAUACAUUUGUGGAGUGGUUGAAAAAUUAGAUUUAAUGACUCCAACCUAACAUGCUGACCAGGUGCGCGAUUGUCGCAAAAUACAUUUAGAAAUCCAUGUUAUUCAAUUAUUGCACCCACACUGCUCGCGCCCGCCAACGAGCGUCUGUGUUACCAAGGGCUAAAAUAGAAGUCAUUCCUAUUUCUGACGCAAAUCGCACUGAAAGUCCUGCCUCUCCCAUCUCCUCAUUGAUUUAUAGAAGCAGGUAACCACGUGCCAUCUCCUCAUUGGUUAUACCCACGUGGGUGAUUGAAAGACUAACUGUUUUGCUGGUUGUCGUGGUAAUACUAUGAAAGUUUAGAUGAGAUCACCAUAUAAGUUCAACAUGAAAAAGCCUGGAAGGAGGAAAGAUGACUAGAAACGAUUCGGUUGGCCGUUUUAUGUUUGGAUUAAUUUGUCGGAGUAGAGGACCUUGUGCAGUUCAGGUAAAAUAACAAUUCACUGUUUAUAUCCCAGGACAAAUUAGCUAGCAACAGCAAGCUAGCUAAAUAGGACAAAUUAGCUAGCAAGUGCAAGCUAACUAGCUAAAUUGCCAUACAUGUUUCAUGCUUUUCGACCUGUCCCCAAAUUAAUGUCAUUGGUACAGAGUUUGUUUUGAUAUUUUAACCUGCGUGUCGUGAUCGCGUUUGGUGUGGGGGGGCAAAAUAAAUGUAUGCACGAUAGCGCACGAUGGCGCACACGCGCAGCCGGUUUGGGUUCUGUGUUUAAGUGUAUGUAAACUUCCGACUUCAACUGUAGAUACUGAUACAUUACAUAGAUACAGACAAAAAAAUGUAAUUAGCAAGGUUUUGACUGUAGGCAACCACAGGCUUAUACUAAAUGUCAGAGAACAUUCAGAUGGGUCUGCUGACCAAACUUGUGGAGGUUUGCGUGAUUCAGGUUUACGUGAUUCUUGCCAGGAUAUUAAAAUGCAUUAUUUUGUGAAUUUUUCAUGAUUUUUUGUUUUGUUUAUUAGUGUAUUAUUAUGUAUGUCAUGCUUUGGUGUUUUCAAUAAUCGUAAUAUUUUGUAAAGAAAUGUAUUGUAAAACUGCUAGAAAUGAUGUAGAGCAUAGCAACUGUUUGUUUUACUGUUUUGUCAUGCUAAACUUUGAAAGGUUGUUCAUUUUGGUUAUCAAAUGUUGUAAAAUCCGGAGCAUUAUCAUUAAAGUUACUGUAAAUGUG